GAUAACAUUAGUAGCAGAAGCGGAGUAUUGUUAGUCCAAACUCCAAAUCCCUUUCUUCUCGUUGCCUCUCCAUUGAUCCAUUCUUGUAAGUACCGAAACUCAUUUCUUCCUCUUCUAUCGUUACGGCUUCCAUUUCCAGCUCCAAGUCUCACUGAUAACGAAGUCGCGACGCACCCAAUCUCUUCUUCCUUGUCGCACAGGCUUUCACUUAGCCUAAGAGGAAAACCUUCUUCUGGCUUGCAAUGUGUGCCUUUUUCAAAAUCACGACAACCUCUUCAUGUCUGCUUUGCUGGUGAAAAAGGAAUGAUGGGAAAUAAUAGUGAGGAUUCACCAUGGAAAGCCCUUGAGAAAGCAAUGGAAAAAUUUAAGGGGCAGUCAGUGGAGGAUGUCCUAAAACGGCAGAUUCAACAAGGAGAAUAUCUUGAUGAUGGGGGCAGUGGAGCAAAGCCACCACGGGGAGGGAGCGGCGGCGGCAGCGGCGGCAGUGAAGGCCCUGGUGGAUCAGAGGAGGAAAGCUUUGGUGGAAUGUUGGAUGAGACUCUCCAGGCGGCUUUAGCAACUUUUGGCUUUAUAUUUCUGUAUAUCUAUAUCCUAACUGGUGAAGAACUGGCAAAGCUAGCUAGGGACUACAUCAGAUAUAUGUUUACUGGCAAACAAAGUGUUCGGUUAAAGCGUGCAAUGUCUCAAUGGGGGCAAUACUACCUCAAUAUAACAGAGAAGCAGGUGGUUGACAAGUAUUGUCUGGAGAAAGCCAUUCUCAAUACUCCCACUUGGUGGAAUGAUCCUGAAGAUUACCGCGAAGUCGUUAUGAAUUACUUGGAGUCAAAUAAUUCAGAUGAGUAAAUUUUCUACAGUUUUUCUUUUUUUGGACCAUCUUGUGUUUCAUUUUAAAUUUCAUUUUCUCUAGAUAUGGAUGAAGCUAAAGAGGUGAGUUAGGUUGAAUUUAUAUGGACUUUUUGGUGUAAUUGAAUAGUUGCUGUUGAAGCCAUUCAAAGCGCAUAUGCUAUUAUGAUGUAUUUUCAAUAUUUGAAAAUCACCUGUUUAUUUAGUUGCA